AUGAACGAUGCACAAAUGUAUAGUAAUAAUUUCGAUUAUACUGGUAUAUUUGAUGCGUGUAAUAAUGGUUUCAGUUGGAGUUUACUUACAAAUAGAGGCGGUAAUAAUGCUAGUAAUUGUACAAACUUAUGCAGUAAAUUUAGGAAUGCAGUAGGAAUUACAAAUGAAUGGAAAUUCUUUCAAUUAUGCCAAGUUCUGUGUUUAUAUUUAUAUCAUAUAAAGGUAAAAGAACAAACAGAUUUUGAUAAUAGGAAAUCAUAUUGUAAAUGUUUUCAUUACAAGCUAAAAAAAAAUCUAUUGAAAAAAUUUGGAUCGAAUAUUCAUACAACGAAGGAAUAUUAUUAUGAAAUGAUAAAUAAUAGUGUUGACGAUUCUCAAAAAAUUAUAUCUAAAAUAUGUGAGAACCAUGAUGUAAACAUUGGUGAAGAUACAUUUAAAAUAUUGGAAAAUCUAGAUAAUAUAUAUGAUUUAAUUAAAGAAUUUUAUACUCCGCAUAAUAGAGGCUUAUCCAGAGUUCAAAGUUUUGAACGAAGUAUGGAAUAUUUAGAAAAAUAUAAGGAUACUAUGAAUGAAAGCCUUUAUAAAGAACUAGAAAAAGUUUUUCAAAUAUAUAAAGGUUAUUUAACUAGUUGGCGUGAUUGUAGAUAUGGCAAUUCUGUCUUGCAAUACUUCAAAAACAAGUGGAAAAAUAGAUAUACAUUCAGAGACACAGAAACAAGUGCAAACACUGGAAUAAAUACGAUCUCAGAAAAGAACACAGGCGCAGGUGCAGACACAAGAACAGAGGCAAGUGCGAUAAUAGAAACAAGUGAUAGUUUAGGAAGUACUUCAGGAAUUAUUUUUUUCUCUUUUUCAAUUAUAACAAUUAUGUUUAUUUUGUAUAAAUACACAAAUUAUGGAUCUUUUGUAAAACCAAGGGUGAGAAAGUUAAAAAGUAGGUUUAAUAAAAAAAAAAGAUACCAUCAAAAGCUAAUGGAUUCAUUUCAUGAGACACACCACAACUUAAAUUAUAAUGAUUACCAAAUAUCAUAUAAGUCAGCGAACUAA